AUGGAGUCCGUCCCUCCGGUCAGAUCCAGCCUCUUGGGGACUCUGCUGGUGGUGGUGAAGCUCCCCACACUGCUGGCCCAGAACCGGGCCCACCUCUGCAAUUUCCUGCCCCUCAAGACCACCCUCUUUAACCACUGGCUGUCAGGGCUGACCCAGGAGGCCCAGGGGUCCCACCCACCCGCCAAGAUCUCAGCCUGCCCCGUGGGCCGUGUUCUACAGGCUGGGCUGACACUGAUAGAAGUCCCUGUGUGGCUGGUGCGUCGGGCGCCCAGGCUGGUGUGGGCAGGCGUGCUGGGCUGUGCCCGGGCCUCGGGCCUGGCCCUGAAGCGGCUGGGUGCCUGGGAGCAGCUGGGCCUCUCUGCGGCCACCUGGAUGCUCUUGUCAUAUCUGCACGGCCUGAUGCUGGCUGCCGGGCUGCUGCUACUGCCGACCUGGAGACUGUGCCAGAAAGCCCACUGCUGCAGCCUGGGCCGGCUGCCAGGGAAGGCUCUGCUGGAGAACCGCGUAGUGCUGGGGACACCGGCAGUGCUGAAGCGUCUGCACUGCGGUGUGGAGAGCAUGGCAGCCCCCGCCUCCUGGCACCCAGCCUACCUUGUCACCUGGACCACCUGCCUCGCCUCCCACCUGCUGCAGGCUGCCUUUGAGCACACAGCCCAGCUGGCCCAGGCCCAGGAGGCUGAGCCCCAGAAGGCCUUGGGGCUCUUGUGUGAGUCCCCGCUCCCUGAGCCCCUGGCCUCCGAGGCUGGGCCAGUUCUGCCAGAGCCUGGAGCUCCUGUAGAAUAA